AUGGCCUCGACUUCAAGUGUAGCCUUCAUUACCGGUGGAGCCUCGGGCAUGGGCCUCGCCCUGGUCGAGCGGCUCGUUGCUGAGGGGUGGAAUGUCACCGUUUUCGACUUCAACAACGCGGCCGGCGAGCAGGUGCAGAAAAGGCUGGGCGGCCAGGUCCUCUUCCUCCGUGGAAACGUCAUCAACUACGAUGACCAGGCCCAGGCUUUUGUGAAGACCUGGGAGAAAUGGGGACGCCUCGAUCUUGUCUGGGGCAAUGCGGGCAUUGGUGACCGCAUUGAAUUCUGUAGUCCCAUGCCAGAAGGACCCAACGGCGCACCACCGAAACCAGAUACCUUGGUCGUCGAUAUUUGCCUCUAUGGGGUGAUCUGGACGGGUUAUCUCGCACUGCACUUCUUCAGGAAGAAUCCGUCAAAGGCUGGGAAAUUGGUGUUCACGAGCAGCCUGGCUGGAGUGUAUCCUGCUGCACCGGUGCCGCUUUAUGGCGCUGCAAAACAUGGUGUGAUUGGGCUUGUUCGAUCGAUGGCGAAGCGCCUUCAAGAGAUGGGAGAGCCGAUAACCGUAAACUGUGUCUGCCCGGGCCUCGUCGCCACGCCAUUGGUGAGCCAGAAACUGGUAGAGGUCAUGCCCAAGGACAUGACUACUCCCACCGAGACUGUGGUGCGGGCGAUCCUGCAGUUCGCAGCCGACGCCAGUAUCACGGGGCAAGCGGCCGAGUGUAGUGGGACGGAAAUCCACUAUCGGCCGGUUUUGCCAUAUAGCAAUUCGGCAGCUGAGUAUAUGGUCGAGGGCAAAUAUGCCAAUCUUGUAGAUAAAGAUGAGAUGAUGCAAGACAGCGCAGAGAAAGGGAAGUUGCUGGACGCUAUGGUUUCAGACCGGAAUGGUACCGUAGCGACAUAG